AUGCACUUGAUCACAACCACUCUCAAGAGAAUUUCGGACCAGAAACAGAUGCCACCUGCCCUCCGCCUGCUCGUUCACUCCCAGCGAAAUCUCUCUACAAGGCCCUAUGGGGGACUGCAGCACACUGCACAAUACGACGACUUCACGUCCAAGGAAGUAAAAGAAAGAAUCACCGAACUCGAGCAUGCCCGCGUAGCACCCUACCCCCGCUGGUCUACCGCAGAAGCCAUCCACGAUCUCAGAACUCUCAAGAAUACCGCCGAGCCAAGUUCCAAACUGAAGCCUCUACAAGCCAUCAGACAUAGGGUACAAGUGCAACAUGGCGACAAAGACUCAAUAUUGUCACAGGAGACCCCGGUCCUCCAGGUCGCCGGAAGAAUAACUGCAACCCGCUUUAGUGGCAAACGCCUGGCAUUUUUCGAUAUCACGGGUGGGGGCGGCGAGGUAUUGCAGAUCAAAUUGAAUCUCGCCGAACUUGCGGAUGUGACGCUGGAAGCCUUUCGUGAUGCUGCCCGUCUUUUCCGUCGCGGCGACCAUAUCACAGUGCGCGGCUCGAGCUACACCACGAAGACCGGCCAGCGCUCACUUCAGGCCGUGGAGCUACCAGUGCUUCGAGCACCCUGUCUACAACGACUACCUGUGCCUCAGGCUCUCUCAGAGCGUGAUCUGGACCAUGAUUCGACAUCAGGAAGACAUGUUGAGAUGCUGACCUAUCCGGAUCUCGUCAAAACGGUCAAAGUCCGCUCGCUACUCAUUCAGACGCUUCGACGCAUGCUUGAAGAAGAUGACUUUGUGGAGGUUCAAACUCCCAUUCUGGGUGCAGAAUCCGGUGGCGCAACUGCUCGACCAUUCCUCACUGCAGCUACCGAGUUCACCGAUCGCAGACUCUCCUUGCGAAUCGCUCCUGAGCUCUGGCUCAAGCGGUUGUUGGUGGGCGGCUUGACUGAGGUCUUCGAGAUCGGGCCCUCCUUUCGCAAUGAAGGCCUAGACAAGACUCACAACCCUGAAUUUACUACGUGCGAAUUCUAUGCUGCGCACCUCAACCUCGGCGGCCUCGUGACCUACACAGAGGGUAUUCUUAAUCAAAUAGCUGACUCGAUCGAAGCUGGAGCUCCAGCAGGCUCCUUCGACUCUGCUAUCGUGUCAGAAUGGCAGCAGUGUGCUACCCAGUCCUUCCCACAACUGGACUUUGUGCCCGCCAUCAACGCCGCAUUGCAAACUCCUCUUCCCAGUUUGACAUCACCCACAGCUCGCACAGACCUCAUGCACAUAUUCCGGGACAAGUCCAUCCCCAUGCCCGACAUCCCCACACUUCCCCGCCUGCUCGACAAGCUCUCGUCUCACUACCUCGAGCCACAAUGUCAUACCCCAACCUGGAUCAUUAACACCCCCGAGUGUCUCUCGCCCCUCUCCAAGUCCUUCAUCCACCCCACCGCCCCCAACCACCAGCCCGUCGCCGCUCGCGCCGAACUUUUCAUUCGCGGAAAGGAGAUCGUCAACUGUUACGAGGAGGAGAAUUCCCCAUUCGAGCAGCGUCGGAAGUUCAUCGACCAGCAGAAAUACGCGCGUGUGGAGGAAGGCGACGCCGUGGAUGACGAGGCAAUGAAGGUUGACGAAGACUAUAUUGGAGCGUUGGAGUGGGGCUUGCCACCGACGGGGGGGUGGGGGUGUGGCAUCGACAGGCUGGUGAUGCUGGUGACGGGCAGAGACAGGAUUGGCGAUGUGUUGAGUUUCGGGAACUUGAGGGCUGUGACUAAGGCGGCUCAGAGGUUGGAUAAGAGAAAGACAGAGCGGCAGGAAGCAGAAAGUGAUGAGGAAAUAUCGUAG